AUGCAAGAGAAGGUGGCUAUCAUCAGAAAAAGGCUUGCUUUGGCUCAAGACAGGCAAAAGAAAUAUGCCAAUCGAAGAAGAAAGGAGCUACACUUUGAGGUAGGAGACAAGGUAUUCCUACGGGUGGCUCCAAUGAAGGGAAUGAUGAGAUUCGACAAGAAGGGCAAGUUAACCCCAAGAUAUAUUGGCUCGUUCGAGAUUCUUGAAAAGAUUGGAGCAGCAGCUUAUCGGCUUGCACUACCUCCACAGUUUUCAGCUAUGCAUGAUGUUUUCCAUGUCUCAAUGCUCCAGAAAUAUGUGCACGACCCUACCCAUGUGCUAGAUUAUGCGCCUCUCCAGGUGCAUAAAGACUUCUCAUAUGAGGAAAUGCCGGUUCUAAUUUUGGAUCGGGAGGUUCGAGUACUUCGCAACAAAACAAUCCCGAGGGUCAAAGUACUAUGGAACCACCACACAGAACAAGAGGCGACGUGGGAGCACGAGGACGACAUGAGGGAUAAAUAUCCCACCCUUUUUCUUUAA